CUGGGGGCCGUACCCACAAUGCCGUGCGGCGCUGCCCGCUCCGCUCCGUCAUGGAGGCAGCGGCAGCCGCCGCAGCUGGCACAGCUGGAGCAGCCCCGGCGCUGGCCGCCUCCCCCCGGGCGCGCUGAGCCCCCCGCACCCCUCGGGCUCCAGCAUGAGCGGAGGCGGCUCCUCGGCACCCGGCCGCUUCGCCGACUACUUCGUGAUCUGCGGGCUGGACACCGAGACCGGGCUGGAGCCGGACGAGCUCUCGGCACUAUGCCAGUAUAUACAGGCCUCUAAAACCCGAGAUGGUGCCGGCUGUUUCAUUGCAAGUGCAGUAGAAGGUGAAAAUUUUGAACAGACUCCAUUAAGACGCACAUUUAAGUCUAAAGUUCUUGCUCGUUAUCCUGAGAAUGUAGAAUGGAAUCCUUUUGACCAGGAUGCAGUGGGAAUGCUGUGUAUGCCUAAAGGGCUUGCUUUCAAGACCCAAGCCGAUUCCAGAGACCCUCAGUUCCAUUCGUUUAUAAUCACCCGUGAAGAUGGCUCGCGGACAUUUGGGUUUUCUCUCACAUUUUAUGAGGAAGUUACCAGCAAGCAAAUCUGUAGUGCAAUGCAGACAUUAUAUCAUAUGCACAAUGCUGAAUAUGACAUUCUGCAUAUUCCACCCAUAAAUGACAAAGAGAGCUGUAGCAGCAUAGAAGACUGUAAUGGAACUUCUGUAUCAAAGCUACAGCGUUUUAACUCGUAUGAUAUUAGCAGAGACACACUGUAUGUCUCUAAGUGCAUUUGUCUGAUUACCCCAAUGUCUUUCAUGAAGGCUUGUAAGAAAGUACUAGAGCAACUUCACCAAGCUGUAACUUCUCCUCAGCCACCACCAUUACCUUUGGAAAGUUACAUCUACAAUAUUCUCUAUGAGGUUCCUCUUCCUCCAGCAGGGAGAUCCUUAAAAUUUUCAGGUGUUUAUGGACCAAUUAUCUGCCAGAGACCAAGCACCAGUGAACUGCCAUUAUUUGACUUUCCAGUUAAAGAAGUUUUUGAAUUACUUGGAGUGGAAAAUGUGGUUCAGCUCUUUACUUGUGCUCUUCUGGAAUUUCAGAUACUGCUUUAUUCACAGCAUUACCAGAGAUUGAUGACUGUGGCAGAGACCAUCACAGCACUAAUGUUUCCAUUCCAGUGGCAGCACGUAUAUGUUCCCAUCCUGCCAGCCUCUCUCCUUCAUUUCCUAGAUGCCCCUGUCCCUUAUUUAAUGGGCUUGCACUCCAAUGGACUGGAUGACCGGUCUAAGCUGGAAUUGCCUCAAGAGGCUAACCUGUGCUUUGUGGAUGUAGACAACCAUUUCAUUGAGCUUCCAGAGGAUUUGCCCCAAUUCCCAAAUAAACUCGAAUUCAUUCAGGAAAUCUCUGAGAUCCUAAUGGCAUUUGGAAUCCCACCUGAGGGAAACCUGCACUGUAGUGAAAGCGCCUCAAAGAUGAAAAACCUCCGAGCAUGUGACAUAGUUUCUGAUAAAAGAAAUGGGAACAUAGCAGGAUCACCUUUAAAUUCAUAUGAACUGCUAAAGGAAAAUGAGACCAUAGCAAGGCUUCAAGCACUUGUUAAAAGAACAGGUGUGAGCCUAGAAAAGCUGGAAGUGCGAGAGGAGACCAGUAGCAACAAGGAUCUCAAAGUUCAAUGCGACGAAGAAGAGUUCCGGGUUUACCAGCUGAACAUUCAAAUCCGAGAAGUUUUUGCCAACCGUUUUACGCAGAUGUUCGCAGACUAUGAAGUAUUUGUCAUUCAGCCGAGUCAGGACAAGGAGUCUUGGUUUACCAACAGGGAGCAGAUGCAGAACUUUGAUAAAGCAUCUUUCUUGUCAGACCAGCCUGAACCUUACUUGCCUUUUCUCUCAAGAUUUCUGGAGACACAGAUGUUUGCGUCUUUUAUUGACAAUAAGAUUAUGUGCCAUGACGAAGAUGACAAAGACCCAGUUUUGAGAGUGUUCGAUUCUAGAGUAGAUAAAAUUAGACUGUUAAAUGUUAGGACACCAACUCUGCGUACAUCUAUGUAUCAAAAGUGCACUACCAUUGAUGAGGCAGAGAAAGCUAUUGAAUUAAGGCUUGUAAAAAUAGAUCACACUGCGGUCCACCCACACUUAUUAGAUAUGAAGAUUGGACAAGGGAAGUAUGAACUUGGGUUUUUCCCCAAGCUUCAGUCUGACGUACUCUCCAUAGGACCAGCAAGCAACAAAUGGACAAAGAGAAACGCACCUGCACAGUGGAGGCGGAAAGACAGACAAAAACAACACACAGAGCACCUGCGUCUUGACAAUGAUCAGAGAGAGAAGUAUAUCCAAGAAGCCAGGAAUCUGGGCAGCACCAUUCGUCAGCCUAAGCUGUCUAACCUCUCUCCAUCGGUAAUUGCACAAACAAACUGGAAAUUUGUUGAAGGCUUACUGAAGGAAUGUCGAAAUAAGACCAAGAGGAUGCUGGUUGAAAAAAUGGGCCGAGAAGCUGUGGAACUAGGUCAUGGUGAGGUGAACAUCACAGGUGUAGAAGAGAAUACGUUAAUAGCCAGUCUUUGUGAUCUCUUAGAAAGGAUAUGGAGUCAUGGUCUACAAGUCAAACAGGAUAGAAGCUGUACUACUUUCAUCCUAGAAGACAGAGCAUCAGUAUACUCUGCUUCAACUCAGAUUUGGGCCUUUCAGACAACCAGGCGGCCAACCCCACAUAAGGGAAAAUCUGCUUUGUGGUCUCACUUAUUACAUUACCAAGAAAAUAGGCAGAGAAAGCCCACGUCAGGUAGCUUCAGUACCUCAGGAGUGCUUCUCGAUUCAGAAAGGAGGAAGUCAGAUGCCAGCCCAGCCAUGUCGCCGCUGAGAAUCUCUCUCAUUCAGGAUAUGAGGCAUAUCCAGAAUAUUGGUGAGAUCAAAACAGACGUUGGCAAGGCAAGGGCCUGGGUUCGACUGUCCAUGGAAAAGAAGUUACUCUCCAGGCAUCUAAAGCAGCUUCUUUCAGAUCUUGAACUUACAAAAAAACUCUACAAGCGUUAUGCCUUUCUCCGCUGUGAUGAUGAGAAAGAACAGUUCCUCUAUCAUCUCCUGUCAUUUAAUGCUGUCGAUUACUUUUGCUUUACCAAUGUUUUCACAACAAUCUUGAUCCCAUACCAUAUAUUGAUUGUUCCUAGCAAGAAACUUGGUGGCUCAAUGUUCACUGCCAACCCUUGGAUCUGUAUCUCAGGAGAGUUGAGUGAAACAGGAGUCCUACAGAUUCCCAGGAAUAUAUUGGAGAUGACCUUUGAGUGCCAGAACCUGGGAAAACUUACCACAGUACAAAUAGGACAUGAUAAUUCAGGCCUGUACGCCAAGUGGCUAGUGGAAUAUGUUAUGGUCAGAAACGAAAUAACAGGGCAUACUUACAAGUUUCCAUGUGGGAGGUGGCUUGGAAAGGGGAUGGAUGACGGCAGUUUAGAGAGGAUCCUGGUGGGAGAGUUACUAACGUCACAUACGGAGGCAGAUGAAAGGCAGUGCAGAACCCCACCACUGCAGCAGUCACCAAGUAUGAUCAGAAGAUUUGUCACGAUAUCGCCAAAUAACAAACCAAAGUUAAACACAGGUCAGAUACAGGAAGCUAUUGGUGAAGCAGUGAAUGGCAUUGUCAAGCAUUUCCACAAACCGGAAAAGGAGAGAGGCAGUCUCACUCUGUUGCUGUGUGGAGAAAGUGGACUCGUUUCAGCUCUUGAGCAGGUGUUUCAGCAUGGAUUUAAAUCACCCAGGCUCUUCAAAAAUGUCUUUAUUUGGGACUUUCUAGAAAAAGCACAAACACAUUAUGAGACCCUUGAUCAGAACGAAAUAGUCCCAGAGGAGAACUGGCAGACUAGAGCCAGGAGUUUUUGUCGCUUUGUCACUGCUAUCAACAACACUCCUAGAAACAUUGAGGAUGGCAAGUUUCAGAUGCUGGUGUGCCUUGGAGCCAGAGACCACCUCUUACACCAUUGGAUCGCCUUGCUUGCAGACUGUCCAAUCACAGCACAGAUGUACGAGGAUAUAGCAUUGAUUAAGGAUCAUACCCUUGUUAAUUCCUUGAUUCGAGUGUUACAGACCUUGCAGGAGUUCAACAUUACACUGGAGGCUUCCCUCGUCAAAGGAAUAGACAUCUGAUCUGUCUCACCGCAGACACUUAAAAAAAAAAAAAAAAAAAAGCAACAAGGAACAAAUGUUAUUAGUAUGCAAAGGUUCUUUCUGCUAAUACGUCAUAUUGCGAACUUGUUCGUGGCCACAAAACACAACUUUGACUUUUCUUGAAGGAAACUCGAAAAAUAGUGCAGAAAAAUAGACAGAAGUUGUAAACUCAAUGUUAAAAGUAAAAAAAAAAAGGAGGAUUUUUGGUAUAAAUCUAUUUUAGAGUUUAUUUGCUGAUUUGCUUUUAACACACUUUCAUGUGAAAGAGAGAGAGAUGACUAUUUGUGCAGCUUAUUUUAAAGCUGCAGUAUUUCCUUGCAAUAGAUAAUGUGCAGUGAGCCUUUCAGCAUUCUCUGAAUUUGCCUUCAGAUGUGCUGUAUGUUGUAAGCCCUAAUGUACACACUCCAUUUCUGCUAAGAAGGUCAUUCUAGAGUUUUUAAACUAAUAUUUUAUAUAUUAACAUUAUUACCAAUGUUUGAUUUUUUUCUUGAAACUAAACUGGGUCACUGCUGUGCUGCAAGGGAAACGACAAAUUCUGGUCUGAGCUUUUUUAAUAGCCUCAGAGCACCGAUUUGUCAGCAAAUCACUUAUUCUUUAUUUUUGUUGUCAGUAUUACGUUUAGUGGGUUCCAGGAGACAGAACCAUGCAAAUGGACAGAGAUGAAAGUAAUAUUUUUCAUAUUGGUACAUAAUUGCACAGAAGAAACUGUAAGUGUGUUGUAUUUUUAACUGAUGUUUUUAUUUAUUUAACCUAUUAUUGUGUUUUUGUAAGAUUUUGUUUUUUAAAAAACAAUAUAACUUGCUAUAUUAUGUUUGCAGUUCAAAAUUUACAGUUCAGUCCACUUAAAUGAAAAGCCUGGAUAAGAGUGUAUCUGCUAGCAAAUAUGUUUCAGUGUGCACCUGCCUUUCAAAUUAGAAUUUAUCUUGGUGUGGAACACCCUUAAAUUGUUAACGGCUAAAGAAAUAAUUCCCUAACCCCUGUGCUUUGAUUUAUAUUCUAAUGCAAAGGGGACAAUAGCUAAGUAGAGGUAAGUGCCACAGUGAAGUAAUGAUGCCACUCAUAAACCUAAUUCCAAGUUUCCAUUUCAAAACUUUGUGGUGAUCUCACGUGACGAGCAUAGACUGCACAUAGGAUUUACUGUUGAAAUACCAAGCUCUCUUAUGUGCUAACUUUGCAAGCUGCUGGAUUCUGGAAUGCUUUUGUAUCUUAAGUAAAAAGGCUUUAGCCCAUGCUCAUAAAUUAUAACAUUCAGACUGCUUGGAUUUUGUUGAAAUACAGAGCUUGGGAUUUGGUGAGUGCAUAGAGGCAACUCUGUUCAUUUUAAUUCUCCGAUAAAAUCCCUUUGAAAUGCAGACCUGAUUUGAGAGACAAACCUGGUCAGCAUAAUGAAUUGCCGUUAAGUACUUCUGGGCUCUGUAAUUAAGUGGUCUCCACUGUAUAAACUUCCCAGCAAUAUCUCCCUUACUAUAAGGAACAGAAGGUUGUUCUUGGUUGUCAAUCCGUAGAAUAUUGAGACACCUUUUUCUUUAUUCUCUUCAUUUUAGUGACAUCUUGUGAUAGCUUUAUUUCCGUAAUUUAAAGGUAUAGCACAUGUAUUAAAUUUUUGACUAUUUUUACUUUUGUCCUAUUUAUUUCAUUAUUAAAUGGAGAAGUUUCUUUGUCACUCUUAUAUUUUCUUUUAUCCGAACGAGGUCCUUCCUUCAAUGCCUAUUAGCGUUGGAAAAAUGAGUGAAGAGUGUCCAGAUCACAUGCACAAUCUCUUCACGCUGGAUAGACGAAUGUACUUUCACAGUUUGGAGUUCACAUCAUUGUUCAUGGAGUGAUUUUUCCCUGUUAAUUUUGGAAGGAAAAGGAUUAGAAUGCAGUGUAUAUGUGCUUAAAGAAUAACUUACUCAAUCUGAACAAUGUAACAGAGAGAAGCCUUCUACACUCACCACUAAACCCCACAUUUAAUCAAAUAUCUUACUAUUUUUCAUUCAACAGUCCAGAUUGCAGUAGUCCUGUAUAUUUUACAGUGGGUACGUCUACAUUGGGAAAAGAGAUUGGGGUUAAUUAACAUUAUUUAGCUGACCCUGGCCUGACCUCAAACUUAGUUGGCCAAGAUAGACCCUCAGGCAGAAAAAGUAUUAGGUCAGUGUUAGCCAAAAUGUGUUGGCUAACCUCAACUUCUUUUCCUGACAUAGAAUUAGACAUUUGUUUUUUUACUUCAUUGUUCAUGGUAAAUGGUUUGAGAUGCCCACUUGCAGGUUGCAAGGACACAAGUGAAGGGUCUCUGACCCCUGAGUGGCAGUUGCUUUGGAUAACACGUCAGGAAGAUAAAGUUGUUUUUCUUUAGAUCAUGUUACUUCCCCAUGAGCUAGUCACUGUUCAGACAUGGAGGGAGAUGGCAGAGCAUAAUCGAAAUCCUGUUUUUUCACCUACAGUACUAUGUCAUGAUGAGCCAUUCCUGUCACCUUUCACAGACAAGGAGCUCCAUCUGGGUCCCAUUGAAAUCCAAGGCAGUUUUGCCAGGGACUUCAGUGGAAUAAAUCUUUACAGGCCUGGAAGGGCCGUAAGAGGCUUCAAGUGCAGCUGCACCAGUGUGGUUUUGUUGGGCACAGAGGGAAUGGUGGAGGACUGUGUUAUGCAUCUUAGCUCAUCUGUGGCAAUCUUUGUAAGCAGGCCAACACAUGAGGGAUUAAGGAGUAGGGUUUGGUUAGAGGCUACAAAGGCAGUUCUCUUGAUCAAAGCCUACUGGUAGGGGCCACAGUACUGCAACCCUAAGGCUGCAGUAGCAACCAUGCUCAUCACAACUCUUUUUGUAGUUUGUCUUGUAGUUCCUGUUUCACACAGUCUGCUUGCUUGAACUAUAUAGAUCAGGAGUCAGCACAAAGGAAACAGGAUUAGGCCCAAAGUUUGCCGCUUCCAUAGCUGUCACUUCUGACUGGCAGAAUCAAAUGCAACAGUUCCAUGCAACUUCCUUCCAUGAGUUACCUCUGCUAACAUUGUAGGGAAAGAAUCAUGGUUACUGAAUCAGAGUAUUCCAUAUGACAUUAGAAGGUGCGACCUAAUGUGCCACUAGACUGUGAAAAGGCAGAAUUAUUUUACAAAAUUCUAAGAUGCUGUUCCAGAAUGAGAAAUGUACUGAUUUACUACAGCUACUGGGACAAGAAUGCUGGUUGCCAACCUGAGCACUGAUUGGGUAAUGCUGUUACUGUACACAUUUACUAUAGGCUUUGAAAAAUUUAUGGCCAAAAAAAGUGCCUAUUAUAGUAAACUGAAGUUAAAAGUGCUGUUUUCAUGUUAGCACCUUCUUUGAGAUAUGAGAGAAAACAAUGGACAAAAAUAUCACCUCUUAAAUUUCCUUUAUGUAUUAAUCCCAGCAUAUUCAAUACUAUGAGACUGGUACACACUCUCAGCAAAUAGCCAAGGCUGUUUUUGUUGUUUCACAUUUAAGGUAAUACUUUGGAGGUAAUGGUUUGUUUUACAUUUUGGGAUUUAAAAUUAAUAUAUACAGGGAUCUUCAUCUUUUUAUCAUGUUCUGUAGCUGAAAGAAUAUUGUUCAAGAACUGAAAAACCUUCUUCCACCAUUUCCAUAGUGAAGAGUAUUUUUAAAUUUUAAGAAUUGUAUAUCUGGGACCUAAUAGUUAAAAGCUCCAUAUAUUUUGGUGUGGUAUUGAAUUUAUGCCUGUAUAAAGGCUUUGCUUCUGCAGAGAAGCUCUCAGCAAGAGUUAACUGUCAUUCUGUAUAAUGACAAAAGAUUUUUGUCACAAUAGUGCAAGAUACUGUAGGAUACUGGAAAAUACUUGAAGUUAUUGUACAUGUACUUCUCAUCUUUGUAGUUCUUUUCCUUUUAUAUCUAGAGACUGGCUGUUACUCCAUUAAGAUGCAGCAUCAAUUACAGUAAAUUAUAUAUUUUAAUA